AUGUUCCCCAUCGCGGAGUUCCAGUACUUAACCGGAGCCCAGCAAACCUACCGUAUCCUCAAGCCUUGGUGGGACGUCUUCAACGAUUACAUAUCGGUGGUAAUGCUGAUGAUCGCCGUGUUUGGCGGCACGCUGCAGAUCACUCAGGACAAGAUGAUUUGCCUGCCGUGCAAGCGUGCGGCCAACGAAUCCUGCCAGGCGGCGGCCAGGGUCCCGCAUUCGGCGGGGCAGUCGCGGGGCAUUCAGAACGAGCUGGACCGCCACCAGUACAGCUACAUCGACGCCGUGUGCUACGAGAACGAGCUGCACUGGUUCGCCAAGUACUUCCCUUACUUGGUGCUGCUCCACACACUCAUCUUCCUGGCCUGCAGCAACUUCUGGUUCAAGUUUCCGCGCACAAGCUCUAAGCUGGAGCACUUUGUCUCAAUCCUGCGGAAGUGUUUCGACUCGCCUUGGACCACCCGGGCUUUGUCCGAGACGGUGGCGGAGGAGCGAGACUCCAAGUCGCCUCGAGGGAAGAAUAACAACAACAGCUCGGUGGACAGGAACCCGUCGGUGCUGGCUGCCGAGGACGUGGAGGCCAGCGUGCCGGCGGUUCAGCGGAUAAAAAGCCGCAUCGAGCUAGGGCUCUUGGAUCAGACGGACGCCGGGGUUCUGGACAAAAAGGAAGGGGAACAGGCCAAGGCGCUUUUUGAGAAGGUGAAGAAGUUCAGGAUCCACGUGGAGGAAAGUGACUCCAUCCACGGUCUGUACAUGUUUCAGACCCUGAUCAAAGUGGUGAUGUUUUUGCUGAUCAUCAGCUACGCCAGCUAUUACGUGGGCUACAUCCGCUUCAGCGUGGUGUGCGAGGCGGAGACGGAGAAUCUGACUGGCUUCGGCACAUUCUACUGCGCCCACCCGCUGGCCACGCUCCUGAAAAUCCUGACCUCCUUCUAUAUCAGCCUGGUGCUGGUGUAUGGCCUGAUCGCCAUGUACUCGCUGUGCUGGAUGCUGCGGCGGACACUCAAGCUGUACUCCUUCGAGGCCGUUCGCGAGGAAAGCCGCUACAGCGACAUCCCCGACCUGAAGAAUGACUUUGCCUUCAUGCUGCACAUGCUGGACCAGUACGACCCGCUCUACUCCAAGCGCUUGGCAGUCUUCCUGUCGGAGGUGAGCGAGAACAAGCUGCGGCAGCUCAACCUCAACAAUGAAUGGACGGCGGAGAAGCUGCGGCAGCACAUCUCCGAGAACUCCCAGAAGAAGGUGGAGCUCCACCUCUGCAUGUUAAGCGGCAUUCCCGAAACCGCCUUCGACCUGCUGGAGCUGGAGGCCCUCAAGAUGGAGUUCAUCACCAACGUCACCAUUCCGCCCAUCGUAGCCAAGCUGUCCAACCUGCGCGAGCUGCGCCUCUACCACACACCGGCCAAAAUCGAGUCGGCCGCCCUGACCUUCCUCCAGGAGAAAAUCAAGUGCCUGCACGUCAAAUUCGCCGACAUCAAGGAGAUCCCUCUGUGGAUUUACAGCCUUAAGAACCUCAACGAGCUGCACCUGACCAGCAACUGUUACAUCGUCCCCGACCGGCUGCGGGAGCUCAAGAAACUGAAGGUCCUCCGUCUUAAGAACAACCUGCACAAGCUGCCUCAGGUGGUGACCGACCUCAGCCCGCACCUCCAGAAGCUGUCCAUCAACAACGAGGGCACCAAACUUUUAGUGCUCAACAACAUGAACAAGAUGGUCAACCUGAUCGAACUGGAGCUGGUGCGCUGCGACCUGGAGCGCAUUCCCCACUGCAUCUUCAGCCUGCACAACCUGCAGCAGAUCAACCUGAAGGACAACAACCUGAAGACAGACGACGAGAUCGCCGGCCUGGAGCUCCUGCGCCAGCUGGUGUGCCUCAAGCUGUGGUACAACCAGAUCGCCUACAUCCCCAUUCAGAUCGGCAGCCUGGCCAACCUGGACAAGCUCUAUCUCAACAAGAACAAGAUCGAGAAACUGCCAACCCAGCUCUUCCUCUGUCACAAGUUGCGCCUCUUAGACUUGAGUCACAACAACCUGACCGGCAUACCGCCCCACGUGGGCUCGCUCCAGAAACUCCAGCACUUUGCCGUCGCUGAAAACAGAAUCGAGAAGCUGCCGGUGGAGCUUUUCAUGUGCAAGAAGCUUCGCGUGCUUCAACUCACCAACAACUGUCUGGAGACGCUACCGUCUCGCGUAGGGGAGCUGGUGGACCUGACCCUGCUGGAGCUGCGCGGCAACGACUUUGUGGUCCUGCCGCCUGAGCUGGGCGAGUGUCGUCGUCUGCAGCGCAGCGGCCUGGUGGUGGAAGACAAGCUGUUUAACACGCUGCCGCCCAAGAUCAAGGAUCAGCUGAUGGGGAUCGUCAGAGAGAGAGCGUGA